GACGAACCUCCAGCAGAAGUACGCCAGUCUCCUUCUGGACAUGCACUGACCAUCCAAUGAAAUCGACAGGUAUUCAGCGUUACUCUGAAUGAACCAGCGAAAAAAAGCAGCUCUGUUACACUUGCUUUUUACAACCAAAAAUGGCGAGUGCGAUUGAUUGUACCGAACUACAGGUAGUCAAGGAAUUAAGAGGAGGGGGGCUUUUGUACCCUAAAAACAUACCUGGAGAUCGUGGUAAUACUGCCAUGAUUACACAGAUUAUAUUAAUCAUUCUACUUAUGAUGUUAUGUGCUUACUAUGCAUCAAGGAACCGAGAUUUAAAUGAUUACAUUAAAUACUGUGUUUACUGCACUGCAAGUAACAUAAUUUUGAUCUCAUUGUGCAAUUUCUUGAUGAGAAUCACGAAUCUUUUCGAAGAGUUACGUCAUGUCCAUGCAAGAUAUGAUGACAAAAUCUUGAAAGUCUUCGCAGUUGCGCUGGAAUACAACACAUUAUGUAUAAUUAUCAUCGCAGUGUGCAUCCUGAGUUUGCGUGCUAUGAUAAUGGCAGUCGAAAAUCCGAUCAUGUUUCUUUGGAGCCAUGGUCCAAAACCGUACAUCUGCUCAUUGCUUUCUUCAAUGAUCAUACUCCGCCUGAUUAAUAUUGACGAAAGUAGACUAGAUACAGUUUUGAAAGUUUCACAAAUGAAAGGUUUGGAUUAUGGAAGCGGUAUGGCAUACAGCUACUUCUACGGAUACUUGAACAUCGUUCUUCCUUCAGUUGGGGAUGAGAAGAAAGGCUUAUAUGAGAACAUCAAGGUAUAUGAAAGUCAAAAUGGAGUGGAGGUACCAGUGAAAAAACUUUUCAUUCUAAUUCCUACCUCGCUUCAAAUUCCUCCAAAUCUUGAAGAAGCUAGCUAUUACUGGAUGGAAAGUGCAAAGAAACUCGAAUCGGUUGUUAAACAUCGAGCCGGUGUAGUUCAUCGCACGUAUCACAAUAGUGUCUACAAGAUCCAUCCAAGCGGACAAAGAGGAAACGAUAGUAAGGUAUAUGUGAUAACUGAAGGUGCAACUCCUUUGCUGACGUUUUACGAAGUUCUGGAACAUUCUGACAAGGAUUCGUCCUCUUAUAAGGAAUACAAGAAAGAAAUUGCGGGAUCUUUUUAUAGAACUCUGCGGCACAUCAUUAGAAGUAAACCGGAAUGCCGCGAUUUGUGUGAAUUGAUUUAUUACGAAGAUUAUGAUUCUGAUGGCAAAAAAGUGAACAUUGCGGAGAUCCUGCUUGAGAAAAUCGAUGAACAGACUUCUCUAGCUUCACAUUAUGGCCAGUAAAAAGAAAAUUAAGAAUACCUAAUGUUGUCUUAUGGUAGAACUUUAUCCCACGAUAAUACUACCAUGAAAGAAUUUUUGACAAGCCGUAAGGGAAAAAUAUAAUGACAAAGUAAAGUUUCUAGGAGCCCUGACAUUGGCACACCAACAGUUAUAUCGCUGUUAAAUGAAGUGUGAUCACACAAAAGAUGCCAAAAAACAUACAUGAUACAUACAGAUGUAAGGUAUAUCCAUUUUAUAAAGAGUUCCUUUAAUGCGGUUUAAAAUUUUUAAUUAAAAUACCCACUUGAAACAAAAGUAGGGAAAAUUUAAGUCUAAUCGUAAUCGAGUUUUAAGAAGCUUCUAAUCAUGCUACACAUUUAUGUGAUAUUGUUUAUCUAUAGAUUUUUUAUACCUUAGCCUAAGUUUUUAAAGAAAAGGAACUAUUCCAACAAAUAUAUUUAUUGCUAAUUUUGAAUAUCAUAAUACCAAUUUAUUAAAGUUCUAUUAUGUCUAACCAGUACCAAAACCGAUUAAAUCAUGACGUGUUCAGCUUAAACAGAUUUUUAAAAUUAAGUAAAGUUAGCUGAGUAUAUUUAAAAAUUGUAAUUAACUGUGAUUUGACUUCGUGCCAGAUGCACUUUGCACUUAUUUUUAAGCGAAUUUACGUCCAAUACAUCAUAUGCGUUCAAAAUUGGGCGGUUACCUUCUGUUUUAAAGUUUAACUGUGCUUCAAUGACACUGUAAUGUCGAAUGUGAUAGAAUAUAUAAUAUCCGAUGUUAAAAUGUACUGUAAAGGUUUGAUUUAAGUAUAGCUUUAUAGUAGUGAAGCGAAAACUAAUUAUGCGGAUCUGAAAAUUAACAUUUGCCCACCCACUUACCGUUGAGUUUAUACUGUAAUUUCGACUGCAGGAAGAAGACUUACGCAUUCAUAACAAAAACCGUUUCAUCCCGAAUAACUAACAUAAAUCUGGAUUAUUCGCACAGAUACGCAUCCAGCCAAAUAAAUAUUGUUUUUGACAGAUUGAAGUACUUUCAAUCAAAAUAUAUACGAUAUUACAUAAAUUUCGUCUGUGACUCCUUUCUUCUGUGAGGAAAUCGAAACAACAGCGGAAAAGAGGCCUUAAAUCGGUUGAACUUGAAUCAAGAGUCAAUAAAUCCGUUUCCAUUUUUUCGCACCUGUAUGUGCACAUAACUUUGUGGACUGAUUGUGAAUUCCCAAGUAUGAUUUAGCUGUUAUUUUCUUUAGUGUAAAAUAACAUUUGAAUGACUUCUUAUACGUCCCAAAGUUUGAAUCCACGAAUUAAAUGUUAUAAAAAAUAAUGUUUUGCUCAAUAUCGCGAAUAUAAAAUUGUUGAACGUUAUGUCACACCACACAUUUUUAUCAAAGGAACAAUUUUUAUGUUAAAUAUUCGUUAGUUAACUUUUCACUUCCGAAAAUUUAUUUCGCGGAAAUCACUUUGCACAUUAGGUACUUGCAUACGUGUAGGGGCAAAAUGAAACUGGUAUGAGUGGCUCAUUAUACGAACUGUUUGUCUGUUCGAAACAUAGCUUUGGUAGGGCAAUUGUUAAAAUUUGGAAAGGUGCGUUGAAAGUAGUUUCAUGACUUUUGUUAUGGAGCCACGAUGUUGGCAACUAUCGUAUUUAGCUUGAAAUUUAGUUUUGAUAUGAUAUCACUGCUUUGUUAUACCUUAAGCAUAAACCGAACAGGUAUAAUACUGUAAAUAUGUAGGAAUAUGUCUUAACUAACAGUUUGUUCGAUUUUUCACUUCAGAAUGACUAAGAGUAACCCAAGUAAAAAGUAUAACAUUUUCUACAAUAAAUCUGAUAGAAGUUAUAAACAUUUAUUUGAAACCAGUGCUCUGAGUUAUUCCGAAUCACUGAACUGACAAAUCAAACUAAAGAUCUACAAAUCAUAUUCUGUGGAUAAAGACGUAAUUCAAUUAGAUAAUAACUACUAUUACUUAAAAGUGUAAUUUUUUAUGCAAUGAUAUUUUCCCUUGAGGAUGAAUUUGGAAAUGAUUUAUUUCUCGUUAUACUCUAUUACUAUUAAUUACAAACUUGGAAUUAUA